UCCGGAGGGUUGCCGCAUGGCCGUCUCGCCAUGCUGAACAAGGCCGUCAAGCAUACCCUCACCACGACCUUCACGCGUCUCAAGGCGGGACUCACCAAGGACAGCCCCCCUCUCCCGCCUCGUCGCCGGGCUCGGCAACAACCCGCAUACGACCCUGACUUCGAGGCGGCCUACGUGGCCGCUCAUCAAGAAUAUCAGGUGGCCUUCAACCAGCACCAGCAGCAGUUCAUGGAGUACAUGGCAUAUAUACAUGCGUCGUUUGUGGCCAAUCAAACUGGACAGACAGCGGAUUUAGGGCCGAUGCCUCCCUUUCCGGGGCCGGCGCCAAACAUGCCAUCGAAGGAAAAUUUCGCUGCGGAGUACUAUGGGAGAACAACGGGAACGGGAUGUUCCGGAAACCAGGGUGGUGGGAGGGACAUGACACCGGUUCAUGAUGGUGGUCCUUCUCCCGGUGCUACACCCGGUACUUCUCCCGGUACUUCUCCCGGUCCUUCUCCCGGUGGUUCUUCCGCAGCUUCUACCGGAAGGAAUCGGCCCGGGCCGGUGUCUAGCGGCGACGAGCUCCUCUAGUAGUCCCAUGUAUCUUAUGCACACUAUGGCACCAUGCAUGUAUGCACACUAUGGCACUAUGUAUGCAUCCCAUGUCACUAUGACACUAUGUAUGCAACCUAUGGCACUAUGACACUAUGUAUGCACUUGAUGUUAUAUGUAUUUGCACUUCAUGCCUAUGAAUUUCAUGUGAAUUAUAUGUGCUUGUGUAUCCUGCCAAAUCUGGAAAACGCGCGAAACAGCAAAAAACGCAAAAAAUGUACCAAAUGGUACCCUCUACGCCGACGGGUUCCCCCUCGGGGUAGCUCCCAGGAUCACCCAGGGCGCGCCACGCGUCCAGAAAUGGACCAAAUGGUCGAGUCUACGCCGACGGGGAGGCCCUCGGGGUAGCGGCCGUCGCCCAGGGACGCCCAGGCCGCGCCACACGUCCAAGUACGCCGACGGGGAGG